AUGGCCAAGAUUAAGUCCAUCGAAUACUUCCGUGUCAAGCCCCGUUGGCUGUUUGUUAAAGUCGCCGAUGAUGAGGGCCACUUCGGUUGGGGAGAGGGCACACUCGAAGGACAUUCCCUUGCGGUCGAAGGCGCACUCGAUGAAAUUAUCACUCGCAUUGUGGGAUACGAAGCGAAUGACAUUCAGCAUAUUUGGCAGACAGUAUGGCGGCUCGGGUUCUAUCGGGGUGGACCGGUGUUCAUGUCAGCUUUGUCAGGGAUUGACAUCGCUUUGUGGGAUCUGAAGGGCCGAAAGCUGGGUGUUCCAGUCCAUGAACUCCUGGGUGGCAAGGUGCGCCAGAAGGUGCAGGUGUAUGCUUGGAUUGGAGGUGACCGACCAAGUGAUGUUGAGGCUGCAGCGAAAGAACGAAUCGCCCAAGGCCUCAAGUGUGUCAAGAUGAAUGCUACCGAAGACGUUAAUUGGCUUGACUCGCCAGCCGUUUUGCAGUCCUGCGUGGAACGAUUGAAGCAGGUGAAAUCUCUGGGUCUUGAUGCUGGUCUGGACUUCCACGGCCGCUUGCACAGACCUAUGGCUAAGCAGCUGGCCAAGGCACUGGAGCCUUACCACCCUCUGUUCAUUGAAGAACCACUACUCUGCGAGCAUCCCGAAGCUAUCAAGCAGCUUGCUGGGCAGACUGCAAUCCCUAUCGCAUUCGGCGAGCGCCUAUACUCUAGGUGGGACAUCAAGAGGUUCUUAGAGGACUCGUCGGUAGAUAUCUUACAGCCUGAUGUUGCCCAUGCAGGAGGUAUCUCCGAGACUCUGCGUAUCGCAAAUAUGGCUGAGGCAUAUGAUGUUGCUAUCGCGCCUCAUAGUCCUCUGGGUCCCAUCGCGUUGGCGGCCUCGCUUCAGGUGGCCCUCUCAAUACCCAAUUUUGUCAUCCAAGAGAUGUCGCUAGGUAUGCACUACAAUGUUGAAGCAGGAGAUAUUGACCUGAAUAGCUACUUGGUGGAUAAGACGGUCUUUAAUAUCAAGGAGGGAUAUGUGGCUGCCCCCUCUAAACCCGGCUUGGGAAUAGACAUUGACGAAGACCUGGUCCGAAAGAUCAGCAAGGAAACAGAACCUUGGCAGCCCAAAGAGUUCUAUGGACCAGAUGGAUCUAUUCGUGAGUGGUAA